UCACUGUCGCGUUUGCUGUCGCGUUGACCCAAUUUUUGUUGUAAACGUAGAUCGUUUUAGGCGUUAUUCUCGAGAAUUAUUAGCAUUAUUUAAUUUUUUUAGAGUCUCAGCUUUAUAUAUUUGCAACUUGAACAAUGAAGAGGAGUUAUGAUUCCAUGAACUCUUCGGUUGAUAUUAGCUCCUAUCGUGACCAACAUUUUAAGGGCUCAAGAAGUGAACAAGAACGAUUGCUACGAACAACAUCAACACUUUACAUUGGUAACCUUUCUUUUUACACCACCGAAGAACAAAUCUAUGAACUCUUUUCAAAAUGCGGAGAUAUACGAAGAGUGAUCAUGGGUCUAGACAAGUACAAAAAAACGCCAUGUGGAUUCUGUUUUGUUGAAUACUAUACAAGAUUAGACUCUGAACAUUGUAUGAGAUACAUAAAUGGUACAAGAUUAGAUGAUAGAAUUAUCCGUUGUGACUGGGAUGCAGGUUUUAUUGAAGGUAGACAAUAUGGACGGGGGAAGACUGGUGGUCAGGUUCGAGACGAAUAUAGAACUGAUUAUGAUGGUGGUCGGGGUGGCUACGGCAAAAUUAUUGCUCAGAAAAUAACGCCCAAUACUUUAGAACGCUGAUUAAUUUUUUUGUGUGUUUGUGAGAUAAUAAAGCAAAAUAAGUGUUCGAAUAAUUAUGAAGUAAUACAACUCAUAAAAGACUGUAUAGUAAGAUCACAUUACAUUAAAGUGGUGUCGUCACUAUUAUUAAUAAAAUUUUAUAAACCAUCA